AUGGACACUGAGUCCACCCACUCGGGCUACUCCAGCCGCUCUGGCAGGUCCAACAGACACACAGAUCGGAGCCGUGAGCGGCACAAGGCCAGUAGCAGUAAAGACAGCAGUCGCUCGGAGCGCUCUGUGGUCAUUAACCCCCCUGACUCUCCAUCCCAGGAGUCUCCUGUCCACAACGGUGACCCACUGCCUGGAGACCCCACUGCAGCUGCCGAGCCGGGAGAGGAAGCACAGGAUGAUAACUGGGGUGAGACUACGACAGCCGUGACAGGGACAUCAGAGCUGAGUGUGUCCCAGGAGGAGGUGGUGGGUUUGGGCAAGGAGCUCCAAGACCGUACCCAGAACGUGCGGAGGUACCUGCCCGUAGCUCUGGGCCUGUUUGUGGGCUUACUGGUGGCUGCUACUCCGCUGGUGUUUCUGCUGCUGCCGGCUCUGCUGUGGCCGGACCGCCUGCAGGCCUGUGGCUCUGCCUGCGAGGGCCUGUUCCUCUCCGUCUCCUUCAAGUUGCUGAUUCUGCUGCUUGCCAUCUGGGCACUGUUCCUCCGGCCGGGCCGAGCUAGCCUGCCCCGAGUGGAUGUGUACCGUGCCUUUCUCACUACACUCACCCUGCUGCUCACCAUGUCCUACUGGCUCUUCUACGGGGUCCGCAUUCUGGAUGCUCAGGAUGAGGACUACCACGGCAUUGUGCAGUUUGCGGUGUCUCUGGUGGACUCUCAGCUGUUCGUUCACUACCUGGCGGUGGUUUUACUGGAGCUGCGUCACCUUCAGCCCUGCUACAGCGUCUGCGUGAUCCGCUCCACUGACGGAGAAACUCGCCAUUAUAACAUCGGCCAGCUCAGCAUUCAGAGAGCUGCCCUCUCCAUCUUGGAGUAUUACUACAGAGACUUCCCUGUGCAUAACCCAGCCCUCCUCACUGCAUCCAAGCAGCGUUCUGCCAAGCAUUUAGCUGGACUAAAGGUCUACAAUGUGGAUGCUCCAGGGAACGCAGCGGGGGCGCAGCCUGGUAAUGGCAAUCAGUCACGGCCAAUGGGUACAGCUGCCUCCAAACGCAAAGACAGCGCUCAUAAUGAGCUGUACUAUGAGGAGGCAGAUUACGAGAGGAGAGUACGCAAGCGCAGAGCCAGGCUUGUCGUGGCUGUGGAGGAGGCUUUUACACAUGUCCGCAGGAUGAAGAAAGAGGACGAAGUCGCUACUCCAUCUGACAUCAUGGACGUUCGAGAAGCAGCUCUGGCUGUCUUCCCAUCUCUGGCUCGUGCCUUGCAGAAGUACCUCCGUACCACCAGGAGGCAGCACUGCCACAGCAUGGAAAGCAUUCAAAAGCACCUCUCCUUCUGCUUGGUUAAUAACAUGAGCCCAAAGGCGUUCCUUGAGGCGUACCUGGCCCCGGGACCCACCCUACAGUACGGCCCUGAGCGCUGGAUGGCAGACCAGUGGACACUAGUGAGUGACGCCUCUGUGACCACAGGGCUAAAGCAGGGAGCAGACUUCCUGCUCAAGUGUUUGGACUUUAGUUUAGCCGUCACUGUCAAAGCCAUCCCCUACAUCCGCCUCACAGAGGAUGAGUGCCUGCUGGGCUGGUUCAACAGAGGCCGGAUGAGCGGAUCAAGAUGCAGGCAGCGUCAGUACUUUGUCCGGGAGACAGUAUACUCGCAGGAGUUCCAACAUCUCCACAAAUAUGCGGCGCCACAGCUACCCACUGGAGGCGAGGAAGGCCGCAAAAAUCAUCCAUUUGUCCGAGCCUGCAGUUCAGUCAAGGUGACGAUGAAGUUGGCUACUGAUGGUGAUGUGCAGCAGCUGCAGGACGAGGUGAAAUAUUUGCAGCAGCUGGAGGAGGAGGUUAAUCAUUUGCGUCAGCAGCUUGAGCAUCACAAGGCGAUGGUGAGGGCUCCUUUAGCCAACUUUGCACUGGAGACUCACGGGGCUCAGUGCUGGGCGUUCACUGGUCAGACUGGGAGGCUUUCCAUAGCUCUACCCCUGGAGAUCCACAUCACCCAAGUGACUGUGGGACACAUUCUGAAGGAGCAGUCUCUUACAGGAACCAUUCAGUCGGCUCAAUUCUUUCUGUUUACGGACUGA